AUGUCACCGUCUUUUUUGGAAAUUCCUGAUCUUCCAAUGGAAAUGAUAAUGAAUAACUUAGAUUAUAUUGCAAUUCAAUCCGUUCGCAAAACUUGUUGGGGCCUCCGGAACUUUAUCGAUGACAAGAAACCGGGAAUCGGCAUAAAACAAAUUAGCAUUUGUCAAAUGGACAAUACAGCAGUCAGACUGGCGAUCAAUCUUCCUUCCUCAUAUUACUAUCUUGCUCCUUCCUCAGAGCUUCCAAAAGCAGGCUUCAUCUUAAAAUAUGAAAAACAUGAAAACGGAUGCAGAAUUUCGGUUACGACAAGUGACGGAAACAAAACUAAAUAUGUAAAAAACUUUAACUUUCUGAAUGCUGCUUUUCAUGAUUUCAAAGUUGCCCUAAACACUCAAAAGGCAAUAUUCAAGCAUGUCGAAGUAACUGGAAAGACGUUUUUUGAAAAAUUCGAAAAAGUGAUGAAGUCACAAAAACCAAUAGCAACUGAAUCUAUGGAAAUCAACGUGAAUGUGAAUUUUCUGAAACGCGCCCGUCAAAUUCUACAGCAUGCGGACCCAAAAUAUCUCAAGUCCAUCGAAUAUUUCAAAGAACCCAUCAGAAUUCUUGAGACUGUGAAGUUGGAAUCGUCAAAAAACAUUCAGAACUUCUCUCAUUUCUCAUCGAUUUCCAUUCAGUCGAAGAAGCUAGACGUGGACUCGAUUCGAGCAAUAAAAGAGAACUUUUUCCAAUUCCAUGAGUACAAUAAGCACUUGCUUGUACUCGCAGUUGUCCAAGAAAACUUGUUCAUUGACGCUUUUGGAGCAACUUUCGAACCGCCUGGAGAGAUGGAAGGUUAUGUGAUUCGUGAUUGA